AUGAGAGCUUCGUCUCUCGCCCUCGUUGCAAGCACUGUCCUCGGCCUUCAACAUGUCGCCGCCGGCAAGAUUCUUUUGCCGGCUGGCGGCGACCCGACGGCGGUAGAGAUGUCGACCGAUGCUCGCGUCGUUCGGCAUGGAGCGGCGGCCGAUGGCAGCAAUGCUGUGGUGCUGGAUGACGCGGCCGAGGCAAAGUCGCUCGAUCGACGAGACAAGCAAGAUCCUCUUCCGCCCGAUGAACUCAUCAAAUGGAUGGUGGAGAACAAUGUGCGAAACGACUGCUUUUUCGUCACUGCUGCCCACCUCCUUGACACUACCGUCGAGGACAUUUCGAGACGGGCUGGCGUUCCCCUGCCGAGGCCUGGAGUCGGUGGCAUCUCGCUCGCCGAGAUGUUCACGGCUCUCGAAACCCUUGGUCUCCGCUUCCGCGCGUACACAUUUCAAGGCACAGACGAAACGACCGGUCAUGGUACGCCUUCGGCAAUGCGCUGCCGUCCGGGAAGGUCUGCCUUUGCCGGCCCUACGGGGCGUCGUGUGGAUGUCAUGGGCUUGGCCUACACUCGCCCGGAUGGGUCUGGACACGUCGUCAUCAUCCGGCACGCCUUCGGCACGAGCAGAAACGCCGGCACGCCAUACGCUCGCUGCCUCGAUUUCCAAGCAAAACCAGGCGGUCUCGACGUGACCCGCGAGGUUCGCAGGUCAAACGUCUGCGCCUACUUCUACGUCGACUUUCGAACUUCUUCGGGCGCCUACGUGACGGGCCGCAGGGAGAGUGUGGAGCAGAUGAACCAGCGGGCGCGGCUGGACUCUGCCGAACCGAUGGACUACGAGCCGUCGGGUGACGAGCCCGGUCCAUCCUCGGCCGGGGAGCCGAUGGAGGUGGAUGAGCCUCCAGGCGAUGGCAGCGAUGCCGUCGCCGUGACGGAGGAACCGAAUUCUUCCCUGCUGCCCACGGACGUGGUCCGAGACGCCAGCUCCGGCGGCGUCGACCUCUCAGCCCUCAGCCCCGAGACGAGCAACAGGAUUCUCACCGACCAGCUGUCCCAGAGCGCCUGCGCCGCCAUGAUUUCCCUCGGAAUCAUCUACACCUGGCGUCAUCAACAAAAACGAUGGAUCACGGAAGGGCAAAAGUCCACGAUUCACAAGAACAACUGCAAGGUGCUCAAAUCCAUGGUGAGACCCUGGAGCGACCGAAACGCACGAUGCAGCCGCAUGUCGAAUCUCGAGUUCGGCUUUGCCCUGUCCAAUGAUCGUUUCUCCGGCACCUACGACGCCCUCCAGGCCACGCUCGAGGGCCCAGCCGGUUCGGUCACGGUUCCCAUCGCCGAAGGACCGUCGGCCGGCUUUUCGACUUGGAUACCGGUCGAUCUGAAGUCGGCCUUUGGUUCGGAUACCAUCGACAUUCAUGCCAUCAAGAAGAUUAGUCUUUCUGCGAGGGGACUAUUUUUCAAGCUGCUUGGCGCGAGGAAUGACUGGCUCAAGGUCCAAGACAUUGCCCUACGCGCACGAUGCGCCACGCCAGGCUUUGACGUGGAAUACCACCGACUGACGGGGCUCAAUACAUGGUACCAGCAUCCGGGUGGAUGGUUUCUCGCGCCCUUUGAAUGGAAGUCUCUUGCGACGUUUGACGUCGGCCCGAAGGACUGGAACAUGACCCCCCCCUGCGACACCAUCAGGAGCCUGCAUUAUGAACUAAAGGUGGCCAACAAGGCUUGGGCCGGCACCGGUGAUGGCUUGUCCUUCACCCUCCAAGGAGCCAAAGGAAGGAUAGCAUUCGCCGGACCGAUCAAGGCCGGAUACUCGACAAGUGGCAUGGUCGACAUGAUGAAUAUGUUUGGCGCCAAGACGGUUCAAAUCAGCGCCGUGAGGCAAAUAUCCCUGCUGGAAGAUUUCAGAGGCUUUGUACGAGACCGAUGGUUGUUGGAAGGCAUCACGUUGACGGCCGGUUGCGCGAAUCUACCAAAGCAAGCAAUGGCCAUGAAAAAAUUCCAAACGGAAUAUCGAUGGCUCGGGGGGGACGCUUCCAACGGAACUGUUUGGACCGGCGACAUGGGACCUGAAGACUGGAUGGCCGUUUCGGAGACGGAGACGGAGACGGAGACGGAAACGAAAGAAGGCGAAAGACGAGAGACGGAAUUGCAAGAGGCGGCCAUGAAGGACAGCCACGGCCCCCCCUCUGCGGACGAGGGAGGGAAGCAAGAAGAAACAGAGCAGCCUGGCCAUACGUGGAACUGUCGAUCUGUCGACUUGACCUCCUCCUUGCCGUGGUUCUCAUGGCGAACAUGCAUGAAGUCGGCGGCCGACUCGAGGUCGAUCUGUCGACUUGACCUCCUCCUUGCCGCGGUCCUCAUGGCGAACGAGGGCAGCGCGGGCGCGACCUCGGCCUCGGGGGAAACGAACAAGAGGGCGAUUUCGAGGAUAGCAAGCGCAGGUACGAGAGCCAACGGCAAGAUGGCAUGGCGCGGGACAGAAGCAGUUCGAUGCAGCUUUCAAGAGAGUGAAGGAGGUUCGGUUCGGACUGCGGGCUUUAUGCAUGUCUGGUCCAGGCUUCGUAUGCUAAACCCGAGGCUGCUCUUUGCUCUCGCCUGCGCUCUUCCCGUCUUUGCCCUUCUCCUAUCACACCUCGGCGUGUACAAGUCGCCGUCGGCCGAGAGCGCGACCGACUCGUCAUCCUCCUCCGCACCCCCCACGGCAGACGUCAUGUCCUCGUCGGUCCGCCGAGCGGCACCUCUGGUGUUCCCCGCCAUCAGCCGGCACACGGCCACGGUCAUCUUCAUCCACGGCCUCGGCGACACGGGGGCGGGAUGGGCCGACGCCGUCGAGCACUGGCAGCGGAGGCAGCGGCUGGGCGAGAUCAAGUUCAUCCUGCCCAACGCGCCCGUGAUUCCCAUCACCAUGAACAACGGCUUCCACAUGCCGGGCUGGUUCGACAUUAAAACGCUCGGCAACGCGGCCGCCUCGCUGGAUGCCAAGGUGGACGAGGACGCGGCCGGCAUCCUCCAAUCCCGCGCCUACGUCCACUCCCUCGUCGAGGAGGAAAUCUCGGCCGGCAUCCCCUCGGAGCGCGUCCUCCUCGGCGGCUUCUCUCAAGGCGGCGCCAUGAGCAUCUUUGCCGGCCUGACGGCGCCCGUCAAGAUUGGCGGCAUCGUCGGCCUCUCCUCCUGGCUGCUCCUCAACCAGACGUUUGGCGAGCACGUGCCCGCCGGGGACAUUAACAAGGCGACGCCCGUCUUCAUGGGUCACGGCGACCGCGACCCGCUCGUGCGCCACGAGCUUGCGCAGGCGAGCGAGAAGGCGUUGAAGGGCAUGGGAUACGGCGUCACGCUGAAGACGUACAGGGGCAUGGAGCACUCGGCCUGCCUCGAGGAGCUCGACGAGGUGGCCGCCUUUAUCGAGUCCAGGCUCCCCCCCCAAGGCAAGUAA